AUGCCGAAACCAGGACCUGCCAGUCGAAGCAGCAUUGCCAAUCUCAUGCGGCUCUCGCAUGUUGCUGGCUGCCCCUGCCACGGCUGCUCAGUCGCGCGUGGUGGUGCCAACCUCGCACGUGCCGGUCUCAACAUGAUCAGCAAACACAAUGCUCAACCAGGCGCCAACUCCCGUGGCUACGCUACUCCGGUCGAUAAUCUCGUUCAGAAAGAGUACGCGUUUGAACUUGCCGCUUCCAACGUUCGCUUUGGUGAAGGUGUGACCAACGAAGUGGGUAUGGACUUUGCCAACAUGAAAGCGCGCAAGGUGGGUGUUUUCACCGAUGCGACAGUGAGGAACCUUACUGCUAUGAAGCAAAGUAUCCAAGGCCUCGAACAGGCUGGUGUCAAGUACGAGAUUUUCGACAAGGUUCGAGUGGAGCCUAAUGAGCAGUCCUGGCAAGAGGCGAUCCAGUUUGCGAGAAAGCAGGACUUUUCGCAUUUCUUAGCUGUGGGUGGCGGCAGUGUUAUGGACACAUGCAAGGUGGCCAACCUGUUCACUUGCUAUCCGGACGCGGACCUGCUGGAGUUUGUCAAUGCCCCAAUUGGUAGAGGCACACCGAUCGACAAGGUGCUUAGGCCUCUGCUCUGUGUGCCCACCACUGCCGGUACGGGCUCCGAGACAACAGGUACGGCCAUCUUUGAUCAUACAGCGACCGAGUCCAAGACGGGCAUUGCUUCACGUGCGCUUCGACCUCUGUUGGGCAUCGUUGACCCGCUCAACACCGAGACGUGCCCCACCGCUGUGCACGUGAGUGCUGGGUUGGACGUUCUCUUCCACGCACUCGAGAGUUAUACAGCCAUCCCGUACAACGAGCGCACGCCCCGACCAGCGAACCCGCUCCAACGACCCGCCUAUCAGGGUCGCAACCCCAUCUCGGACGUCUUUUCGCUCUGGGCGCUCAAGCAGACGGUCAAGUACCUGCCUCGUGUCGCACGUGACCGCACCGAUGCAGAAGCACGUGGGCAGAUGCUCCUCGCCGCCACGUUCGCCGGUAUCGGAUUCGGCAACGCCGGCGUCCACCUCUGCCACGGCAUGUCGUACCCCAUCUCUGGUCUCAACAAGAAGAUUGCCAAGUACCAGCAUCCGGGAUACGAAGUCGACCAUCCCAUCGUACCUCACGGCGUAUCGGUCGCACUUACCGGCCCCGCUGUGUUUGACUUUACCGCCCCCUCCGCACCCGACCGUCAUCGCGAGGUGGCUGCCAUCUUUGAUGGUUACCAGAACGGAAGCGAGAGCGCCGAUAUUGCCCGCUUGCCAGAUGCCGAAGUGGGUUCGCUGGUGUACGAUAGAAUUGCCAAGUUUUUGGCUGAUCUGGGCGUACCAAGGGGUCUGGAAAAGGUCGGAUACAAGCAAGAGCACGUGGACGCACUCGUCAAGGGUACGAUCCCCCAAAGGAGGGUCUUGGAUCUUGCCCCAGGUAUUGGGGACGUGUUGGGCGCUGAUGGGCACGAACACUUGGCUCGCAUCUUGGAAAAGUCUCUCUCGUACUAG